UGUCUCGUUUCGUCGACCAGUGCCAGUCGGUCGUUUGGGGAGUUGGAGUCGUGGCGGUCGUCGUCAUCGUCGGAUCGCACGGACCACAUUAUGUAAAACGGAGUGUGUGCGCAAUCAGUGCAAGUUUUGUUUAAAAGUCCAGAAUAUUUGGCAACCUGCUGCUGCCGCUGAUAGUCACCGGCACGGGACACGAAGAAUUGCUCAAUCUUGGUGGAGAUAAGUUCAGGUCUUGGGAGGAGAGGCCAAGGUGCCAAAUCGACACACAGUCUAGAUCCGGAUGCCGUACAAGUUGGUCGGGGUCACUCACGAAAAAGGUGCUAAUCGUAGCUGUGUAACGGGCGCGUAUUUAAAUCACUUUCACCCCAAGUCGACUCAACUUUAAGCCAAGAAAUAGUUCGCCGAAGGUCGUCACGGGACACUCCCCCAAAAUUCUGUUCGAUCUAAUCUGAGAGGCUGAAAUCAACCCAUUCACCAUGACUGGCGAAACGAAGGGCAACUCGAAAAUCAUUCGAGUGGGCUCCAGAAAGAGUGAGUUGGCACUCAUCCAAACCAAGUACGUUAUCUCCUGCCUGCAAAAGCUGAAUCCCGACGUCGUGUACGAAAUUCACACCAUGACCACCGUCGGUGACCGCGUGCUCAACAAGUCACUGCCCAAGAUUGGCGAGAAGUCGCUCUUCACGAAGGACCUGGAGGACGCGCUGCGAACGGGCGGCGUCGACUUUGUGGUCCACUCGCUCAAGGAUCUGCCGACGGCGCUUCCGCUGGGGAUGGCCAUCGGUGCGGUGCUGGAGCGGGAAGAUCCGCGGGACGCGUUGGUGCUGAACGAGGCUCAUCGAGGGCGGACUUUGUCGACGCUGCCGAAGGGUUCGGUGGUGGGGACUUCGUCGCUGCGGAGGUCCGCACAGUUGGCGCGGAAGUACGAGAACGUGGUGGUUUGCGACAUCCGGGGGAACUUGAACACGCGGCUGGCCAAGUUGGACGCGGACGGGUCGAAGUUUGCGGGGAUUAUUUUGGCGCAGGCGGGUUUGGUGCGGAUGGGUUGGAAUGCUAGGGUUAGCCAGGUGAUUGAACCUGGGGAGAUUCUGUACGCGGUUGGACAGGGCGCGUUGGCCGUGGAGUGUCGCUCGAAUGACGCGUACAUUCUGGACAUGCUGUCCAAGUUGUGCCAUUUGGAGACCCAGUGCAAGAUCUUGGUUGAGAGGAGCUUCUUGAAGACGCUGGGGGGUGGAUGCAGCGCUCCGGUGGCCGUUUGUACGACCUUGAAGAGGAAGGCCGACGCUAAGGUGACUCAACUGAAUGUGGAGGGAGCCGUUUGGAGUUUGGAUGGGAAAACGGAGAUUCGUUCCGACGGCGGAUGUGCCUUGAUGUUGAGUGGCGAUGUAGAUUUGGACGUGGAAAAUGGGAAUGUCAUUCCAGCGAAGAAGGCGAAAGCGGCGGACGAGGACACCGUCGACAACGCGAUUCCUGCCAGUCCACCGCCGGCGGCCAGGUGCCCCAUUGACCACAAACGGAAAAGUCCCGAAGUGGUGGACCACGCGAAACCCGGGUGCUCUCAGGACGGCGAUAAGAUCGACCUGUCCAAGUUCAUAAGCGUGCAUGGCGAAAUGUUCAAAAAGUGCCCUUAUUCCAGUGAGAUUGAGAAGCUAAGUUCCGUCGAGUCCAACGAGCUGGUCGAAAGCGGGAAGUGUGACGAUGGAAAGAAUGACCCUAGCGCGACCUUCCCCGUGGGAGUUGACUUCAUGGGCGAUUGCCCGUACGUGAGCACCGAACAAAAGGUCGACCAAUCCGGCCAGAGUAGCCUCAAGUGCCCGGUCAGCGGAAAACUGCCCCUCGAACAAACCUCCCAGCAGGACGCAGGACUCAGCUGUCCCUUCCUGGCCCAGCAAGCGAAAAUCCUCGACUACAACGAAAACCUGGAGCGGGAAAUCGUCGCUCCGAAGCUGGAAAGCACCAGCGAGCACCUGUUCUGCGGCAUGUUCCGCCACAAGCACGUGGCCAAGGAGAUCUUCGACGAGUGCGAGCAGACCGGGAUCCGGCUGGCCCAGGACCUGAUCGGAAAGGGAGCGCUCGAGGUGAUGAAGUGUGCCCAGAACGAGAUCCACUCGAAGGUCUAGCGAGUUCCUACCACAAUCGUGCUUUUGUUACACUUAUUUUUGUCCAAUCAAUGUUUAGGGAUUUUUUUCGGUUACUUUCCUUUUCUCUCUUUUUGACAAUAGUAAAUAGUAGAGUAAUAUAUACUUAUUAUGUUAGAGCAUGAUGCGUCUCUAUUAGUAAAA